GGGCGCUAUGGAAUUACGGUCAAAACUACAUUGCUGUCUUCCCGUGUCAUCAGUUUCUCACACAGCAAGAAUUCAAGAUGGCUGGUGGAAUGGACAGAACCGAUAAGCUUCCAAAAAUACAAGAUGAAGAAAGAGAAGGAUUGUUUGGUUAUGUUUAUGGGGUUUCAGGACCUGUUGUUAUUGCUGAAAACAUGAGUGGAUCUGCUAUGUAUGAAUUGGUUCGUGUUGGUCACUCAGAAUUAGUUGGUGAAAUCAUCCGUCUUGAGGGUGACAUGGCAACCAUUCAAGUCUACGAAGAAACUUCUGGUGUAACUGUUGGAGAUCCUGUGUUAAGAACUGGAAAACCAUUAUCUGUUGAGCUAGGCCCUGGCAUUAUGGGUAGUAUUUUUGAUGGUAUCCAACGUCCAUUGAAGGAUAUUAACGAAUUAACACAAAGUAUUUACAUCCCACGUGGAGUAAACACAAAAAGUUUAAGUAGAACAGUGCAGUGGGAUUUUUCUCCAGUUGAUAUCAAGCUUGGCAGCCAUAUCACAGGUGGGGAUGUGUUUGGUAAUGUUCAUGAAAAUACUUUGAUCAAGCACAAAAUUAUGUUGGCACCACGUGCGCGAGGUACAGUAACGUACCUUGCACCUGCUGGAAGUUACACUGUAGAUGAUACAGUAUUGGAAACAGAAUUUGAGGGGGAGAAAACAAAACACACCAUGUUACAGGUUUGGCCUGUCCGAUCUACUCGACCAACAGCUGAUAAGUUAUCUGCCAAUCACCCACUGUUAACUGGUCAGCGUGUCUUAGAUGCUUUGUUUCCCUGCGUUCAAGGAGGAACCACUGCUAUCCCUGGUGCUUUCGGUUGUGGCAAGACUGUCAUUUCUCAGUCCCUUUCCAAGUACUCGAAUUCUGAUGUGAUUAUUUAUGUGGGAUGUGGAGAACGUGGUAAUGAAAUGUCUGAAGUAUUACAAGAUUUCCCAGAGUUAUCUGUUGAAAUUGGCGGCGUCACUGAAUCCAUCAUGAAACGUACUGCACUGGUUGCGAACACAUCUAACAUGCCUGUAGCUGCGAGAGAAGCAUCAAUUUAUACAGGCAUUACUUUAUCUGAGUAUUUCCGUGACAUGGGUUACAAUGUCAGUAUGAUGGCUGACUCAACUUCUCGAUGGGCCGAAGCUCUUCGUGAGAUUUCAGGUCGAUUGGCUGAAAUGCCGGCAGACAGUGGUUACCCAGCCUACUUAGGUGCUCGUCUGGCUUCUUUCUAUGAGCGUGCUGGCAGGGUGAAGUGCCUAGGGAACCCUGAGAGGGAGGGAAGUGUGAGUAUUGUUGGUGCUGUCUCUCCACCUGGUGGUGAUUUUGCUGAUCCUGUUACCUCCGCUACCUUGGGUAUUGUCCAGGUCUUUUGGGGUCUGGAUAAGAAGUUGGCACAACGUAAACAUUUUCCUUCCAUAAACUGGUUGAUCAGCUACAGUAAAUAUAUGCGUGCUCUCGAUGAUUACUAUGACAAAAACUAUUCCGAAUUUGUACCCCUUAGAACCAAGAUAAAAGAAAUCUUACAAGAAGAGGAGGAUUUGUCUGAGAUUGUGCAGCUUGUAGGAAAGAGUUCUCUUGCUGAAACGGACAAAAUCACAUUAGAAGUGGCCAAACUCGUGAAAGACGACUUCCUUCAACAGAAUGGUUACACACCCUACGAUAGAUACUGCCCAUUCUACAAGACAGUGGGCAUGUUACAGAACAUCAUUGCGUUUUAUGAUAUGGCCAGGCAUUCUGUCGAAUCUACAUCACAGUCUGACAACAAAAUCACCUGGGGAGUUAUUCGAGAACAAAUGGGUGACAACAUUUUAUACGAACUCAGUUGCAUGAAAUUUAAGGAUCCUGUGAAAGACGGAGAAUCCAAGAUCAAAGGCGAUUUUGCCGAACUGUACGAGAAAAUGCAGGCUGCGUUCAGAAACUUAGAAGAAAUUUAAAUGUGUUAUUUAGUCACAAAUUAGACAGAAAAUAAAAAAAAUGUUCUGUUAAAUUUUUAUUCAAGCUGUUUUUGUUGCAUUAAAAAAUAAAAAUAUAAAAAAUCGUAAACUUCAACAUCAUGUUUUGUUUACACAAAUAGUAGUUUUUUGUUGCAGGUAAUUCACGAUUUAUAGUCUUGCCAAGUCGUUUUUUACAAGUUAAUUAAACAAAAAAACAUUAAACGAAGAACUAAAAAAUGCGGUUGAAGAUGUCAUUUUCAUAUUUAUGUUUUUAUAAGACUGAUUUCACCUUUAAAAUUUGUUUUAAAUAUUUCUUUUUGCAUAUAUUUAUCAACAAAUUUUUGAUACACUGAAUUUUUUAUUGAAUUCUCUCCUGACCUGAAUCUUAACAUUUGCACGAAGCUGGUCUACACUGCUCCAAAACUUUGUGUUGACUGCAUUUAGUUUUUUUUGCCAACUUACAUUAACUAACUUGUAAUUUCAACCCGUCCUCCUUUUUUUUUAAGUUUUGUAGCUAACUUAUAAGAAGAAUAGUUUUUGAUUAUCUGAAUCAGUGUAAGAAAUACACGAAUAUAUAUCAUUUAUAAUUGACAACAGCAUUGUAUUAAUUUAUAAAGAAAUGGAGAAGAGAAAUGAAUUUUAAUUUUGAA